GUGCGCAGUCUUUUUUCAAACCCGCUUUCACUCACUCGAAAAUUUCGGAAAUUCACGUGUUGAAAAUCAUACGCGCAGCUUAAGUGUGGAGAACGCGGUUAUAAAUAAAUAAUAAAUAUUUUUGUAUUAAAAACUUGUAAAAAUUGUGAAAACGAGGAAAUUUAUAUCCUCUUUCCGUUGUGUACGCUUCCUUUCUGAUUCUAAAAUUAAUUACGGAAAAUGAACACCUUUUUGUUGGUGUGCGCCAUUGGCCUCUUCCUUGCAGUCACAUCCUGUAACUCGCAACACCAUCACGGUCAUCCAAAUCAAAAUAACAUACCGCGCGACGAAAAGGUUUCCGAUCAUCGGGAACAUCAUCGGGAAAGCACCACCUGGAUACCGAUACUCAAGUACAAUAAAGAACAAAGUGAGGAUGGCAGCUAUAAGACCGAAUAUGAAACCGGCAAUAAUAUAGUGCAUGAAGAGACCGGUUUUCUGAAAGAUUUCUCAGAAACCAACCCCAACGGCGUGCUGGUGCAGCAUGGCCAGUACUCUUACCAAUCGCCCGAGGGUGAUGUCGUCAACGUACAGUACACCGCCGAUGAGAAUGGUUUCCGUGCGACUGGUGAUCACAUACCCACACCACCAGCCAUACCGGAUGAAAUACAAAAGGGUUUGGAUCAAAUAUAUGCAGGCAUCAAAUUGCAACAGGAACGUCUGGAGCAACGUGCUAAGAGUGAUCCUGAUUUUGCCCGUAAGCUGGAAGAGCGUCGUUUGGCCAAUAAGAACGGUCAAUAUAUAGGACCAUUGGAAAAUGCUUAAGCGUGCCAGUCGAAAGUUCAUUAUUGAAUCGGUUUUAAGCUAUUUAAAUUUAUAACGAAAUUCGUAAGCGGUUGUGGCGCUUUUAUAAAGAACAAAGACUGUGAUUU